GUUGAUACUUUGUGGUAUAUGAGUACUAUUGUUCUGCUGGGACCUAUCUUAAUACCGACAAGUAAUAGUUAAUAGGCUCCAUGGGUAAGAACGGCAAUGCGGAUCGUGCUGGCCGCUCUACAGCCUGGGCUCGAACGUACAAGGACGAGAAGAGAAAGGCUGGCGUGCGUACACAUCUAGCUAAGCGCGCGGAUGCGGGCAAGCUGAGUGAAGCACAGCGUGAACAACAGUUGUUGCAGGAGAAACGCGAGGCUAAAGAGGCUAAGGCCAAGGCGUUCUUGGAGCAGGAGGCGUUGUGGGCUAGUAUGUAUGAGAGUAGAGUUGAAGACCAAGAUGGAGACCACAAUGAAGAGGAUCAGAUAGAUGACCUGAAUGUUGGACCAACGGAUCAGUGUGAUCAUCAUCGAACCAGGGUGAUCAUUUAGAUGGUGCAGCGGUAGUCGAGAGUGGUCCUGUACAUGAUCGCGGGGAGAUUCAGGCUAGUGGGAUAGUAGAUCAAGGAGAAUAUCGGAUUAAGGAUGCUGGGCAAUAGCAGAGGACGUAUCUAGAAGUUACGGACGCCAGCAAGUGAAUGGGGUGGGCAAUCGAGUAGUCCAGGGCGAUAGUACAGGCACCCGGGCCUAUGAACAGUCUGGUAGGAAGGUGGAGCAGGGGCACGAACCGGUCAGUAUAGUUAGAAAGGAUCAGGGCUUUGGUCCGGUUAGUAAGAUAUGGAAGCAAUUAGAGGAUGACGAGAGUGUACCUGAGGAUACGGUCGUAUCCAUGGUUACGGACUUGGCUUCUGUGAAGUUGUCGGAGGUCACUGCUAAGUGACACACUGAUUACGAUCACUUGUAGGGUACGCUCUUCCAGCACGAGGUGUCCAGUGCAGUCCAGUACCAGGUUCAGUGAUUCUAGGUCGAAAGUUGUCCUAAUGCCUUCUAUAGUGUAUCCCUACCUCAGUAGUAGUCAGCUGUGCAACGGCUAUAUAAACCCCCCACAAAUAUACCAAUCAAGUGACCAAUGAUAGGUGUGAGUUUGGACCGGGGGUGAACUUUCGGACAUACCUCCCAGACCCGUCCUAUGUGCGUGAGCCAGGUCACACCUUACAGGCGAAUCGGCAGACGAAUUGGAAUGUUCGAAAUCAGUUGGUGGUCCUAUAGAAGUACUUCGGAAUGGGUUAGGUAUCUUUCAGUGUCGUAUCAUCGUACAGCCACCAUAAGCGCUGCAUAAAAUAACGAGUGAUGUUAGCAUGGAUACGCCCACAGCGACCCGGUGAGCAGCGUCCGUAUCACGGAGCCUGAGUAUCGGAUCAAUUAGUCAGACACCACCAUCCAUUGGGCAGCGGGGAAAGCCUGGUUGUGGUGCCGUGGGUUUUGAUUGGUGUAGAGCACAUCUCUCAGCCAACACCGUAUCCAGUAUAUAGCCUUGGCCAUAGCCCCGGUAUUUAAUUUAGGGCAGCGCCAGGAGGAGCUGUGGUCUGAGAAAGAAUAACUGCGAGGUGCAGUAUGCCAACACUGUAUACCCUGGCCAACCUG